GCCAAUCCUCGUCCAAUCCCCGUCCAGGGCCCCGAGCCAGGGGGUUCCCUAUCCUCGCCCUCCUUCCCUUUUCCCCCCCGGCUCCCCUUGGUCUGGCAGGAGGCUGCUUGCUUGGUGGUGUUGUACGUGGUGUACGUACUGCGUACUGUGUGCAGUGCAGUGCAGUCCGAGUGUGAGUGAGCAUACCCAAGUACCCAAGGACCCAAGGCAUGCGGGUGUGUGAGGGAGGGAGUGCAGGCAGGAGUGGUGUGCGGAGUAGUGGGUGUGCCUGUGUGCUUUGGUGCUGGCGAGUCCUUGCUCCUCCUCCUUCCUCCUCCUGGAUGGCUGGCUGGCUCGAGCUUUUUUUUUCUUCUACUGUAUCCCUCCCCCCCGUUUCUCCCCGUCGUCGCCCUCUCCUUUUCCCUUCUCUCCAUCGUGAAUCCCUCACCGUCAGUCCACCCAACCGACUCGUCGCUGAAUCGACAGACUCUCUUCCCUCCUCUCCUUUUCUUCCCCCCCUCCCCGCUUCUUUAUGUCCUAACCACAGUCACUCCCUUGAAGUUCCCCAUUGUGUGCUUUUCCAGCCAGUUCUCGGUCCCCCGUUCAAUCCUUCCGGGCGUCCCAUUUACAUUCUUUCGGCUAACGCGAAAAUACCACCGCUGUUAAACCCACUUCACCUUGGCCUUGCCUUGCCUUGCCUUGCCUUUGCACCCACGGGGAAACUCUUAGAUCUCGGAUUUCCGUAUCGAACGACCUGAACCCUAUUCUCUCUUCGCCUCUUCAACUAUCCCCUCCCGCCCACACUGUACUGUGCGCUGCCAGGACGACACUCCUUACUCGUUACUUUGCCUUUCGCUAUUCUACACAUUCCUUAUAUCACCACCACACUGUCCCGACUGUCGAGUCCGCGGACUGCCGACCCACGAUAUCAUACCAAUCUCUCAUAAGGACUAGCACGGUCUCUUGAGAUAGAUACAGGUCAUAACAGGUCGCGAAUUCAAAACAAGAACAGCGCACCUCUACACACUCGGUCGUUCAUAACAGCGAACACCGAACCACCGAUCUCGCCCUCGCCCGAGUUCGAAAGAUAAUACACCUGACCACGCCUGGCAACACUGCACGGCUCUUGCUUCACGAGUCUUCACCAGUCCGCCCGAAAUGGCCACAAAGGUUGAAGAUUCGGGCAUGUCAGGCCCAGGGUCUGCCACCUCGACCGUCCAGCUGGAAGCCGCCAACUCGCCAGCCACUGUCCCUACUCCAGUAUCAGCCGGCAACCCCGGCUUUGCGCAAACACCAUCACCCUCCACCUCUAAUUCACACAAUGCCGGCUCCACAUCAAAACGCCCGCCUCGCAAGAGCACCCUGACGCAGCAGCAGAAGAACCAGAAGCGACAGCGAGCAACUCAAGAUCAAUUGACAACGUUGGAGAUGGAGUUCAACAAGAAUCCCACCCCCACGGCCAACGUCCGGGAACGAAUCGCCGAGGAGAUCAACAUGACUGAGCGCUCUGUCCAGAUCUGGUUCCAGAACAGGCGUGCCAAGAUCAAGGCUCUCGCGAAGAAGAGCCUUGAGACAGGCGAAGACUUCGACGCGAUACCCGAGUCCAUGCGCACAUACCUGGCUAUGCAGGCCAUGGAAUCUGGCAAGGGCCUCGGUGCAGGUUUCCUGGGACGUGGCUUGAUGCCUUAUGGCCACAGCGGAAUGCUCCUUGGUGGAGAACAGGGUGGCCAGGGCAAAGUCCUCAUUCACCAUUUGACCUGCCGCUCUCUCAGCAUUGGCAAGUGGACUCGCGUUGGCCAGAACACCAUGGACUUGAUCAUCUUCUACUCGCCUGACAAGUGCACGAUGACGUACUACAUCAACAACGAGCAGGCCGGGUACAAGAUCGAGUACCCCUUCGCCCACAUCAAAUCGAUUUACCUCGAGAACAGCGAAGGCGACCCGAACAAGCUCGGCGGCAUUGUCAUCGAGCUGAACAGGCCACCAAACUUCUUCAUGGACUCGUCUCCCACCACCAACGGUUUCUUCCAAUGUGGCGACUUCACCGAGGACCAGCAGGCUUCCCAGUGUAUGGUUCACCACCUCGGUGGAAACCCCAAGGUUCUCAGCGGCCAGCUCGCCAAGCUUGUGUCUCUGGAGUCCUUCAUGAACCGCCACCAGACCAACCCGUACGAGGCCAUGCAUGCCAUCUCGAUGUCGGCGCCAGUUUCACCAACGAACCGACCGUCCUCCCAGCCAAGCUUCGGCCAGCCUCACGUCGGCAUGUACCAAGAGACACAAUGGGGUGCCCCACCAGCGCUGCACCCUGGCAUGGCUCGUGGUCACAAGCGCCAGCGUAGCAGGUCGGUCCCAAUGCCAGUGGAUUUCGCCAUGCUCCAGACCCCAAUGCCAUCGUUCUUCAUCCAACACCCUGGUGAGAACCAAGCGCAACCCCACAGCCCCAACAUCUUCGCCCCUGUUCCCCAGCAGCCCAGCAGUGGUAUGGGGCCGAAUUUGCGCAUCGACACACAGGCUGGCUUUGGCCUCGACAUGCGACAAUACCCCAUGUCUGCCACAACCGCGCCCAGUGCUGCGUCCCCAUCCGACUACUCCAGCCCCAACUACUUCGCCCAGCAUUCCGAGAGCACACCGAUGCCAACCUCGAGCUACAACACGCCCUACAGCGGUACCUUCCUCUCGCCCAUGGUGAACAACUCGAGCCUCGUCCCACAGGCCAUGUCUCCUUUGUCAUUUACCAGCCACGGUGACCCAGCCAUCGUCGACCAAUCGCCACCAAUGUCGAUGGUCGGCAGACCUGGGUCUGCGGAUCUGUACCCAGUGCACGAGUCUGCCAUGUCCGACGAUGGGCAUAGCUUGAACGAGAUGUACUCGAAGCACAGCAUCAACCUGCCUAUGCAUCCGCCACACUCGCCAGCAUUUGUGGAGACGUCGCAAGCGGAUUUGGACAUGAACCAGCUGGUGUCCUUUGACCACGUUGAGCCUGCGAGUUUGUCACCGGAGAGCAUGCAGCACAUGCCCGUGAACGAAUCAUGAUCGAAAAAAGCUGGUCUGUCACCGAUGUUUCAGCACGUGUCGGCCAGGUCCGGUCUGCUCGACAAUGACGCUGUGAUCUAGACAAGGAAUUGUCGUAUAUACCCAGGGAUUUGCGUUUCGCCAGAGGGGGGAGAGGGGCGUUGGCGCCGUCUGUAUGACCGGCGUUCAGGUGAUCUUGUCUCUCAUAUAACUGGCUCUUGUUCGCAUUUGAUUGCGCCACACUGCCCAUCGCUACAUCUUGUUCGCACUCUAUGUUCAUUUGCACCACCAUUCAAGACUCUGUUCUCGUUUUAUCCUUGACUCUGCGAUCUACAUGACCGAUAUAUCUCCUCUUGGUUAUCGAUCAUGUGUGUCUGGCACCGCGAUUGCUCUUUUCUCCGCGACUGCCGGUCAGUCUGAUUCGCCCGGCUCACAAUCGGCGCGGGCGAUGUUGACUGACCGGCUGCCCUAAGCCCAUUAUUAUGGACCCAGAGGCACCUAAUAGCUAUUGUCGAGUACAUGCGAAAGACACUGCGUCUGUCUUUCCGGGUUGUCGAUCUUGCCCCCUCUUUCACUGCAGACACCGGUCUGUAGGAGGGACACGUUUGGGGGAUGGAGGAAGGGCCCAGGAGGCUAAUUACUAUUACCGCGAUGGAUGGUUCAGAGCACACAAGCAAUAACAGCGGCACGAUACCACCGGCCUGCUGUACACCCAUUCCGAAGGUCGGGUUGAAUAAUCUCUGGGAGAUGGUUUGGAGGCCUUUUUCUGUCACGGAUCAUGUACCUGGGCUCAUGUCUUGAAAAAGACGUUGGUUCACUCUCGUUCCGUCUCCUUUCUCUUCCUUUAUGGACAAUAGGGACGGUCGUACGGACGUGAUUUCGAGUUUUCUUUGGAAAUAGGGUGGGUUGCACGGGCCAAGGCGUUCCUGGCUGGAAUGGAAACAUGAUUUUGAAAACAAAAGCUUUUGAGCGACCCGAAGUUGGCAUGUCGAGUGAAGUCCGAUUUUU